UAAACAAGGAAGUUGGCACACAUGUGCUUUGCUGUGUUGUCAAACAAAACUCGUGCCCUGAAAACACAAACUAAUGAUGUCCCGUAUAUGAAUUUACAGGUAUGACGGCGGUGAAUUUAUCUUUUGCUGCGGCUGGGUUUUUAGGAGCAUAUCAUCUGGGAGUAACAGAGGCUUUUCUGAGACAUGGAGAUAAGCUGCUGUCCUCUUUAAAAGCAUGUGCUGGAGCCUCAGCUGGUGCUUUAGUGGCCACUGUGAUGAUCACUGCUCCUGAUAAACUACAGAAUUGUAAGGAAUUCACCUACAGGUUUGCUAGCAAUGUAAGGAGUCAGAGGUUUGGAGCUGUGACGCCAGGAUAUGACUUCAUGCUUGAACUGAGGGAGGGUAUCGAAGAAAUUCUCCCGCCCAAUGCCCACCAGUUAGCCAAUGAACGCCUCCAUGUUUCAAUAACGCACUCAAAGACACGCAAGAACAGCAUGGUGUCCAGCUUCACCUCAAGGGAACAUCUCAUUAAGGUGCUCUUGGCCAGCUGCUUUGUGCCUGUCUAUGCUGGAGUGAAGCCAGUGGAGUUCCAAGGGCAGAAAUGGAUAGAUGGGGGAUUCACAGACAGUCUUCCUAUACUUCCUGUGGGACGCACAAUCACAGUGUCACCAUUUAGCGGCCCUCAGGAUAUUUCCCCGGCUCAUAAAGGCAUAAGUAAGCUUCACCUCAGACUGGCCAACAUGAGCGUUGUGUUCUCAAAAGACAACAUCAUACGGCUGAACCAGGCUCUGUUUCCUCCCUCAUUACCCAUACUCAAAGCACUGGAACAGGAGGGGUACCAGGAUGCAAUUCACUUUUUAAAGAAAGAAAGAUGGAUGCAAUAGAUUUUCUCAUUUAUAGCUCUUUCAAUACCUUGAAUGUCUAAAAUGUGGCAUAUUGACACCACUUUCCUGAUGUGCAAUAUUUUCUUUUAGCGUUAUAAUAAUACUUUGAUCCGGUGUCUACUUUUAUUCUCCAGAUAAAAAAAGCACAGUAAAAUGCAUCAUGUAUUUUGGGAGACUGAAUGAUCAUUGUCAUAAACAGUCAUUUUCUACUAGUCAUUUUCUCUUUUUUUGAAAUAACUCCAUUUCUCAGGGCACUUACAAUAUCUUUGCUUAAGAAUGACUAAAUCAAGUGUUUAAAUAUUUCUGAAUAUAAUGGCCUUUAAACCUCAGUCAGUUCCAAGAACAACAACUCACCUUUUGCUAACAUUUGCUGCACAUAUCAAUGCAACGUCUCUGUAGGUCCUUGAGGACAACCAUGGAGAAUAAGCCUUUGAAGUAAAGCCACAGGAGAGGCCGUUUGAACUCCAUGAAUCUCCUCACCUCACAGAACAAUCGCUUUACCUGCACUUGAUUCCGCGAGAGAGUUAUGAUCAUUUUUUCUGUCUGGGAGAAUAACUUCUCCCUGGGGAAGUUUUGAGGAUUAGCAAAGGCUUGUGGGUACUGGUGAUGUGGCGGUGUAGAGAGAAACAGUGAGAGCUGACGCACAUACCCUACUGCAUCAACUGGGAGUUAUCCAAUCAUAUGGAAUAAAUUGCACAUUUUUGCAGUCAGAUAGCAAUUGUAUUUAUUUAGAGCAGUUACAGUUGUCAGAAGAUUAAAAAGAUAAGAACUGCUUAUGUGAAAAUACAUCAAUUGUAAUUGGUCUUCAUUAGAAGCAAGAGGAAUGGUAUAAACUGAGCACCAUUAGCUUGAUAAAGAUGGAUAGCUCAGCACGUCGCUCUGUGGCAGCAUGGGACAUUUACAUCAGUUUUAAAUGAUGCACAUGUUUAUAUGUGCUGGGUUGAUCUAUGAACAGCAGGCGAAUCUAAUGGAAGUUAUCACAGAGAUGGUUUUCUCAUACCUCAUUUUCAUGAUGUCAUGUUCAAUGGACAUUUUCAGAUAUGCUGCAUGGGGUUUUUUUGUGCUGUGCAGCAAUGUACAUGGAAUGAUUUUUUUUUUCUCUGUCUAAACAGAUAUACAGUCAGAAUGAAGCUAGAUGUAUAGAAAUAAACACAAUAAAUGGUUAGUUCACCCAAAAAAUGAAAAUCAUGUCAUUAAUUACUCACCCUCAUGUUGUUCCAAACCCAUAAGACAUCUUCAGAACACAAAUUAAGAUAUUUUUGAUGAAAUCCAAGAGGCCUGAUAACACACAUACAUCACAGAGACAUCUAUUUGAUGUCUGCAUUUACAUCUGGAAGUUUACAGUGUUUGCUCAUCUGCAAUACAUCUAUUGGACAUAUCCUAGAUCUCAAAUAGACGUCUAUUAGAUGUCUUUAAGAUGUUUGUACUGAGCAGACGUUUUCCAGAUCAGGCGAUCUUUAACAGACAUCUUGCAGAUGUACGUGUGCUAUCUGGGAGCUUUCUCACCCCAGAAAGGCAGUUGCGGUACUCUCAAUAAUGGAGGCAGACAGUAACUCGGAGGAGAAUAACUGUUGAAUAAAGUGAUUACUUUUUGUUUUCCUUGUUCUCAUAGCUCCGUAAAAUUACGGUUGAACCACCGAUGUCAAAUGGACUAUUUUACCAACAUUCUUACUCUGUUUCUAGGCCUGGGAACAUUUCAGUUACAUUGCUGUCUAUGGAGGAUAAGAAAGCUAUCUGAUUUCAUCAGAAGUAUCUUAAUUUGUAUUCAGAAAAUGAAUAAAGGUCUUAUGGGUUUGGAAUGAGGGUGAGUAAUAACACAAUUUUCAUUUUUGGGUGAACUAUCCCUUUAAGUCCAUAAAGGACCGUAGUGCUGAAUCAGCAUUUUUGAAAAUCAGUUGAAGGACUGAUUGUUUAAAUUAAUGUAUAAUGAAAGUUAUUUGAUAUAACAAAGUUAUAUUAUAAAUAACAGCAUUGCAAUCCACUUUGUAAAUGUGUGAAUUAAUUUUGUGCAAUUCAGCUCUGGUGGGACAUGUCUUUAAAUGGCUGCUUUAAUAAUGUAAUUAGAUUCUGUCUUUCUAUUGUUUUAUAGUGAAUCUGAGUCCUCACAAAGACCCUCUAAGGAGAAACUCAUGACUCUGGGAUUUGCAUUAUUUAUUUUUUAUAAAUCAAGUCUGUAUUGAUCGCUGCAUUAAGCUCUGAUUUCUUUAAUAUGGUUUUAUGAUUGACUUAAAUGACACAUACUGGAAACAUUAAAAUAUUAAUAUUAGUAAAAUAGCUGACUUUUUUUAACAAAUCAACUUCUGAUAACAUCAGACAAGAAAUAGUAAAAAUGCUGGACAAACCUUAAAUAUUAAAGCAGCAAAACAUGAAAUAGAAUAUAAAAGUAUUUUCUGGAGCACAGAGUACCCGGAUAGAGACACUGAUUGAACCAUGUAAAAGUCAGUAUUUACCGUCAAUCAGUUUUUAAUGUUUAAAAAAAAAAAA